GAGCGGAAGUCGUCAUAUGACUCUGGCUAUGUGAGCGGGACUUUAGUUUGUCAAACCGCAAGAAAGUUUAGUAACGCCUAAAGAACUGCUCGGCUUAUCCAGCAUGGAUUUUAAAAUGGAAUCUGAUCCACCACCAACCAUAACAUGUUUGAAAAAUGUUGACGAUUUGCUGCGAUGUCCUAUUUGUAUGGACUUCCUUAAUAUUUCAAUGAUGACCAAGUGCUCUCACAAUUUCUGCUCGUUGUGCAUCAGAAAAUUCUUCUCCUAUAAGCUGCAGUGUCCAGUUUGCAAUACACAAGCGACAGAACAAGAUCUGCGAAACAACCGGUUACUGGAUGAGUUGGUUGUGGGCUUUCAUACUGUAAGAAAACAAUUGUCAAAAACCUUUGAAUCCCCACCGAUAUCCCCAAAGAGCCCAACCUUGGUGAAGUGCAAAACUCCCAGAGACAAAAGCCAGAGCUGCAAGAGCUCUGUCAUUAGUAAUUUUUUCCAGAAGAGGCCCAGAACGUCUUGCGCUAAAAACGACAAGGAUGCCACACCACUUGUUCAGAGGAGGAGUAAACGCACAAACAAUGGUAACUUUUGCACAGAUACAAACACGAUGACUGUGAAGGAAGAGACCAUGGAUGCGGAGGACGCAUCAUUCAAACAGGCAGACAUGGUGUUGCCCAGCAUCAGCACUGCGGAAGACAGGCCUCGUUCUUCAUCAUCGCUGCCAAAUAAUGAGACUCUCGUAAUCAAAGUGGAGUGCCCAGUGUGCUCUGUCAGCGUGUCUCAGCAGUUCAUCAACAAACAUCUGGACAUGUGUCUCAGAAGUGGAGAGAAAAAACAGAGCUUGAGAAGCUCCAUUAGCAAGACGAGGCGCCCUAUGGUGAAACUGGUGUACAGUCUGCUGUCCCUGCAGGAGUUGAGAAGGCGGCUCAAGGAAUGCCAUCUCUCGGUGCAUGGCACCCGAGAUCAGCUGAUCAAGAGGCACAGGGAGUUUGUGCACAUCUAUAAUGCUCAGUGCGACUCCUUCAACCCAAAAUCAGCUGAAGACAUUGCCAAAGAGGUGGUAGGCAGCGAGAAGAUCAAAAAUCAGUUGCAGAUCCAAAGCAAACCUGUUAUGGUUUUCGCCAAAAAUCACUCCGAGGAGGAGAUUGAUGAGGUGCAUUCAAAGUAUCGAAAGCAACACAGCAGCGACUUCUCCCGCUUGGUUGCUCAGGUACGCGGUCGCCUAGAUACCACCAGGAAAACUCGGAUAAAAGAGGAAGUCACUGCGGGUGGAGAAGGUGUACAAGAAACACCUAUGGCCGAUCAAGGGGAAGAAUCACAGAGUUACGCUGAUAUCAAUAUGGAAGAAGAAGUAGAGGAGGGAAAGGAGCCAUCUGCGAGAGGCUAUGUUUUGUCAAACAGCCCCUCUUACGAUGAUGUAUCCAUCAGCAGUUCAAUUUCAGACAUCUUUGCACCAGACACUUCCUUAAAUUGUGCCCCAGAGACGAGGUCCGUCAAAAAGCAGGCAACUUGUCCCAUCGCCGCCUCGUCAACCACUGUGGGGAAACGCCUCCGUAAAACCCGACUGAUUGAUUGAGGACGACACCCCCGCAAGACAAGACCAGACAAGACUUGAAUAUGAAGAGGACAUUUGUAUGUGACAUUUUUUUGUUACGUCACGUUUAAUUUAACCUAUUGUGUUACCUUGUUAUCCACUGUGAAUGAUGUGUCCCUCAGUUACAUUGCGUUGUUGACACAGUAUACCACUUAGGUGAGUACACCCUUCACUUUCCAGCUAGCAUCUUCUCUACUUGGAUAUACUUUAGAGUAGUCCGUUUACAGCGUGUAUAGCAGCGUAUAUUUACUAUCAAAGAAAAAUGAGUCAACACACAGUUAUUGUGUAUAAAGCUGUAAACACAGUAGUGUCAUGGCUUGGGGUUGCAUGAGUGCUGUGGAGCUGUGGUUCAUUGAGAGGACGUGAAUGCCAACAAACACUGUGCUAUUAGAGUAGAGUGGAAUUAGGAUUACGGUUACAACCUGUGCAGCUUUGGUGAGUUCCACGUCCAAGAGGAUUACGGCAGUGCUCGAUAACGUUUCCUGUGAGGUGUACUUGCCAGAUUUUUAACUAUUAGGUCUGUGUAACUCAUUUUCAGUAGAUAGUAAAUCCAUACAGUGGAACCUCGAUUUAGCAACUUAAUUGGUUUUCGAACCUAAAUAGUAAAGUUUUCAAACAUGUAAAUAUGUCCAUAUAUUAGUAAAGGUUUGGACACAAUAUAAAGACCAUUUUAGACUUAGACUUAGAUUUCCUUUUUAUUGUCAUUCAAAUUUGAACUUUACAGUUUUACAGUUUUGAUAACAAAACAAAAACGACCUGAACUGUCCUUAUAUGCAGCCGCCCUGCCACAUACUUUGUCACUAGCUUUGUGGUGCACAGUUUGAAACUUCAAAACCUAACUUCAACAGCCAGGUCACUACAAUUAUUAGGAAUAAACAAAUAUAAUCCACUGUACAGUAGGAAGGGGAUUCAUAUGGCCCCAUUCGUCACGGUUUACCUGACACAUAAAAAUGACAAUUUGAGGGAGUGCACUAUCCUGUUUAGCCGCCACUUGGCCGUAUAGUGUUAAUUAAAAAUAUGUGUACUCUCACGUGAGAUCCACCCAGGAAUGGGGCCAUAUGAAUCCCUUCCCUACUGUACUUUGUUGAUUAAUAUUCUUUGUGUGCAGCUGGAGAGCAAAAGGUGUCGACAACGCUGUGGAUACUUUUUGAAUGUUUCAAACCUCUCAUCUCAUGUCCAUUGCUUUCUUUGGACUCAUGUUGAGCUAUUAUUGACAGCACUGUUCUGCUGACUGAAUAAGCUCGAUCAGCCCGCCCACAAUGGAUGUGCUGCCUGGCACAAAAUGGGUGGAGGAAACGGAGGUUCGUACAUCAAAGCAUUUUUUUUUAUCAGUCUGGUUCAUAAAUCAAAAACUUAAUAUAUUUAAGGGUUGUUAAAUAGAGGUUCAAUUGCACUGCUAUACAAGCUGUACACUGACUACAGUAUGUGAAUGUCACUUGAGAAGAUCUAUUCAAAUAGUUGCUGACAUAUUAAGGGUAUGUUCACUUUAAUUCAGAGUUUCUACAUUUACAGGUUUUUUAGUGUUAAAACCAGCUGAGUUGUACAUAUUGAUGAAAUGUGUGAUCAAUUGGAGUGGAUUUGUUUAUUUUAUUUUUAGGAUUUGUAGCGCCACAUGAAGCAAAACAAAACUUUCGGACUUGGCGUUUGUUAUUGAAUUAAAAGCUCUACAACUGGGCCCCGUAGGAUAACAAGGCAUCUUAACUGGUUCUUUUGUGUUUGACUUAACUACUACCGCUCACAAAGCUCAUAAAAAUAUUGAAACAUAGUAGAGUUGAUCAUUUUAAUUCAAUCAAUCCAAUGCUGACGGAAACCUCGGUUCAAAGCAAGUGUGUCUACCAUCCACACUCGUAGGGAGGAGACGUGGUGUUUAUGUAGAGUGAACUUAGUAUGGAUUGAAAACAGACCGCCUGGAGCCGGGAUGGAACGCGACCCUCUUAUCUUGUCCCAUCAGGCCCAAAAGAGACACUUAGACAAAUGCCGGACUCAUAGCCACACUGCUCAUACCUCCUCUGAUCCUGUCCCCUUUGACUUGUCCUCCGCACCGUACCGCUGUUUACCUUUCUUCCAAUUAGCACCGCUAUUUGUCCUUCUCGGAACAACACUCGAGUCCCGACUGCCUUCUAGCCCUUACCUAAUUUCCGAGAAGACUGACAGUCCUAACAAGAACUGCGUACACAUGUGGUCUCUAGGCAUGACCUGCACUGACUCAAAGCUUUAUUGGAACCAUGGCUACUGCAUUUUUAAUAUGCGGGGAUGCUGAAAAACAUGUUUUCAUCUUUGUAAACCGCAUAAAAUUGUGGUAAGUAAUUCACUAAUUUCUUUUAACCAUCCCAGACCAAGAACGUGGAUCAGAGGCUUGGUUAUGAAAGAUCUGAUUGCAUGUCUCUUUUGUCCUAACUUUUGAUAUUUGUAAAAUAGAAACAGAAUAAAUUAUCUCAUUAGGGGCCCCAGAAACGCACACCAUGGGUUGGCUUAAUUUUUUUCCACAUCUGUACAGCAGGAUCUAAAUUUUUUGGUGAGUAACCUUCUAAUCUUGUCAGACAAAAACUGAAUCUCAUUUUUGUCCCCAUAAUAAUAUAAAUCCAAUUAAUUGUGUUCCAGACACCCAAAAGUAUGAGAAUAAUUAUAGUUGUUCACGUGAAAAAAACAAUGUGAAAUACAUAAAAAUGGUGAAUUGAAAUCGAUAGGUAAAGAUUUAAAACAUGUUUUAUCUUUAUUGAAGAUUAUUGUUAGCGAAAACUAUGAUGGGCUGAGAGGAAAGCAACAUGGAUGCCACCUCACUAGUUUUUUUCCCAAACUCAUUGGUUUUUCUCACCUUUUUUUUAAUUUAUUUUUAUUUUUUUUAAUCAAAGUGCUGGCACUCACAACUUAGUUUGACCCCAUAGUGGAUUAUUUUGCAGCCCUGUUCAAUAAUAAAAAAUAAA